AUGGCUUACUCUUUUGCUGUCACCUUCUCUAGAACCCUCUUCCAUGACCCUACUCUAAACUUCCAUCGCCACUCUCAAUCGUUUGCUAAUCGUCCUAUCUCUCCCACCCUCCUUGUUCCUUUUCCUGGUCUUUAUGCUCAUGGCCUUGAAGUUCGCCAUUGGGUAAAUAACCUUGGCUGUAACUUUCUCCUGGAAAACCAUCCAGCCCUUAUGUGUCCUGAGGCUAUCAGGAUGUUUUUCUCCAACUUACGGUACUUUGGCCUGCAAUCGCGCACUCUUACUACCCUAGUCUUUAGCCAUCUGUUGACUCUGCCUGCUGAUGAUAUUGGUCGCCUCCUUGGCUUCCCUGCUGUUGGAGAAAAUCUCGCCCAUGAGUCCGAGCUUCCGCUCUUAAACUUCAACAUUGCUGAAGAAGUUGUCUAG